AUUUUCUACCUCCAACCAUUUUCAAUACAAGUGUUGCAUCCGUAUCGAACGGGAUAUUUCUUGCAUUAUAGGACGCCUUACGAGUCCAAAUUUUUCAAUUGUGCAUCCUAUUGCGUGUAACUUGCAUUCACCCUUUUUUCAUAUAAUUUUCAUCCCAUUCUAAUUCUUCACCGCAUCACCACUAUGGAGCCGCCUCAAAAGGCACAUGCCAACCUUUUCCAGGUUUAUCUACGACUACGUCCUCCUCAAGCUGGAGCCUCCAACGCUGAACGAUUUCUUUUAGUUGAGGAUCCUGCGGAGGAUGAUGCGCCGACACAUAUUACAUUAAACCCGCCGAACGAUCGAAGACGAGCGAUUGAGAAAUUCGCAUUUACACAAGUCUUUGAAGAAGAUGCUACACAACUUGAUUUAUUUCAAGGCACUAGAGUCCUACCUCUAGUAGAGGGCGUAUUAGCACCUCAUGGAGGUGAUGGCACAGAUGGCCUGUUGGCCACUUUAGGAGUCACAGGCUCGGGCAAGACACAUACAAUGCUUGGAUCCCGAAGCCAGCGUGGCUUAACACAACUCGCUCUUGAUGUUGUGUUCCGAUCUAUCGACUCGAACAUUGUCGACUGCGAUACAACGCCUACACUAGAGGCUAGCAUAAGAUCAUCGGAUGCAUCCGAAGGAAUGAUUUAUUCUGCGCCGUCUUUCCUCGAGACAGUAUACAGUGAUUAUAAUGGACCAUCACGAGCUGGGUCAAGAGCUGCAACUCCAAUGAUUGGCGACUUCCCCCCGCCGCCGACACCGAGGCGUCAACUACAACGACCGUCCGCACUUCCUCAAGCGCCUGACAUUAGCGCGAUCCGAGCAUCCUGCGACCCGUCCGCCGAGUACGCGAUCGUUAUCUCCAUGUACGAAGUAUACAACGACCGAAUCUUCGACCUCCUAACACCCCCGACUAAGACGAACUUUACCAAGGAGUACCGUCGACGACCGCUCCUCUUCAAACCGACCGAAUUAUCCCCCGACCGUAAAGUCGUAGCCGGGCUUCGAAAAGUAAUAUGUGGUAACCUUAGGGAGGCGUUGAUGGUUCUCGAAGCUGGGCUUCACGAGAGGCGAGUCGCUGGUACUGGCAGUAACAGCGUGUCGUCGAGGAGCCAUGGAUUCUUCUGCGUGGAGAUUAAGAAAAGGCGACGCGGUCGGCAUAACGCGCGAUGGGGUACUAGCACGUUAAGUAUUGUUGACCUAGCAGGCAGUGAACGAGCAAGAGACGCGAAGACCCAGGGUGCGACUCUCGCAGAGGCGGGCAAGAUCAAUGAAAGCUUGAUGUAUCUGGGUCAAUGCUUGCAAAUGCAAAGCGAUGCUAGUAACACAACAAAGCCCAACCUGGUUCCCUUCCGCCAGUGCAAACUGACAGAGUUACUUUUCUCGAAUUCAUUCCCUUCAACUUCAUUAGCACAUUCUGCAAGUAGUAGGCGCGCUCCCCAGAAGGCGGUUAUGAUUGUUACCGCCGAUCCAUUCGGCGACUUCAAUGCGACGUCCCAAAUUCUACGAUACAGUGCCCUAGCCCGCGAGGUUACUGUACCGCGCAUUCCUUCUAUCACAUCUACUAUACUAGCCAAUGCAAAUGCAAACACCACAACACAUUCCCAUCAGUCGGAAUCGAGCGUGGGCUCUCGUAGUCCUACGAGCUCACCUGUGCUUUCUCACCACAAGCCGUACUUCCAGCCUUCGGGGACACAUAGUCGAACAUUCUCACCUAUCUCCGAUACGGAGCGAGCGACUAUGGAGAAUGCAGCUUUGGAGAUUGCUAGGAUGGCUGAUAUUAUCGACCAACUCAACGCCGAGGUAGCGCGAGAGUCGGAGGCACGUAUGGCUGCCGAAGCACACCUCAUGUCCAUGGAAGACCGCGUUGCGGACCUAGAGCAGGAGAUCCGCGAGGAAUGUUACGCGGACUUUGAACAGCGCCUUGCGUUAGAAAUGGGCAGGUGGAAAGCUUCCAUGUUGCUUGAGCAGGAGCGCGGUGAAGAACACUUAGAUCGCAAGGUGGAGGUGCUAGCCCGUAGUGUGGGUGUGGUCACUGUUACGGCGCCGAGCUCUGAGGAAGAUGAUUUGGAGAACGAGGAUAAGGAGAAUAUCCUGAUUGAGAAUCUGGAACAAGAGAACGAGCGCUUGAGGAGAGAGGUCGCGAUACUGAAGCGCGAGUUGUCGGGCCGUGCGCCGAGUAAACGUUCGCCGCUUCAGGAGAGGGGCGACGUGCCGAGCACUAGGUCCUCUACUGCUACCGGAGCUGGAGCUGGCAAUGACAGCCUCGGCAAUUUGAGGAGUAGCAUGGAGCAACUACGCAUGAACGGCGAGGACAAGAAAGUUCUUAAGGUAGCCAGCAACGGCAGCCCAACGAAGAAAGUCCGCAAACUUCCUGCGAAAAAGUGGGAGGGUGUUGCGGCAGGCGAUGACGAGUUGAUGUGAAUCGGAGGGCCUUAUUAGGUACUUAAUGAUGAUGCAUGGCGGGUGAUGACGGUGUCUGGUGCUUGAUGCUUGAGAAAGAAAGAGAAAGUAUAUUGAAAAUACCCCCUAUUCUGUUCUAUAUGGUCGCUGGCUUUUUUUUAUGGUUAUCUGGUCUUUUCUACAGCUACUGGUUGCUGGCCACUUACUUAGGCUACUUUACUUUGCUAUAUACAUUUGCUGUUUGCUUGACAACGGGUGUUUUGGGGAUGUGUGAUGGUGAUUGUGAAUGUUGAGAAUGUCGUUAUGAAGAGAUGUCCUCCCGAAUAAUUGGAUGAAAACGUCAGACGAUGUCUUGAUCAAGUUCAACUACAGGUUAUCUACUUGGGCACAUACGUAAUCAAGAUCUAGACGCGGCGUUCGAUCGAUUUGGUCAGCCUCCCACCGCCGGCUGAUCAACCAACGCCUCUCUAGGAGACCGAUCGACGGCGAUUGAUUACAUAGGCCUAGAUGGACCAUUGAGGGUCGAUUAAUUUGAUGAGAAUUCCGAGUUAAAA